AAUAGGCAGGAGUGUGUCUGCAGCUGCAUCUGUUGAGUUACUUUGCAGAGUCCGAUAAGAUGGAGCUGCUACUGUUCGUGCUCGUCCUGGUGUCGUUCUGCGGAGCACAGACAUGGACGCCUCCAGCGUUUUGUCAUGGCAAACCAUGCCCUGAAUACAGUGUGGUUGAGACAAACACAGAAAAGGACUAUGAGUUGCGUUCGUAUGUUGCCACUGACUGGAUUACCACCAAGAUGGCAGGCACUACCAUAAUUGAUUUCACGGCUGCACGUACAAGGUUGAGCAACGUUGGAGGUUAUUCUGACUCCUGGCCGUCGCUGGCCACCGUCAAAAAUGGCAGCGAAUAUUGGCUGUCCUGGUUUGUUGCUCCUGGAUCAAAUGUAAUAAUAUCCAAUCCAUUAGUCAUAAAAGAAUCAAGACCUAAAGCCGAUGUCUAUGUCAGAACCAUUAAUGCCAUUCCAGGCAUCAAAGAAGGUAAAGAAAAGGCAGAGAAGUUCUGUGAAGACUUGACGUAUUCAAAUUGUAAUAGUUACUCUGCGGCUGGCUAUGACACCUUUUGGUCUACUACUCACCACAAUGAGAUCUGGAUCAACAAAAUCUAGUAAACUGUACAUCAUAUAACCACUGUUACUUAUCCUCUAAAUCAAAUGCAACAAUCAAUAAUCAACGAAUUCUCUUUUUUCUACUUCACUACAAUCUUGCUGAAAUAAACAGUGUCACAACAAUAGACAAAUUGUAGGAUCCAGACAGAUAGACAGACAGGCUCAGGUGCUUCUGUUUGCAUGCUGAAAACCGGUUUCAGGAAUGUCGUGGUGUUUACCAGCAGCCCUUCACACUUCCUAGUACUGAUAUUGGUAAUGCUUCUUGCUCAUAAACAAAUAUAUCUACUUUAAACAAACAAUAAACUGUUGACAGCUUUA